AUGACCAACUGGAACCACACAGUGGUGACCUAUUUCCAAUUUUUACCUUUCUCCAGCACUCCAGCCAUCCAAGGCUAUCUCUUUUGUCUAGUGCUGCUCACGUACCUCAGUGCUUUGGUGGGGAAUAUCCUCAUCAUCACUCUCACUAUAGUAGAUGCUGCUCUUCACUCUCCCAUUUACUUUUUCCUCAAGAACUUGUCCUUCCUGGAGAUUGGCUACACCACAUCCACAAUCCCCAAGAUGCUGGUGAUCUCAAAAAAGCAAGGCAUAUCCUUCCUGGGCUGUGCCACACAGAUGUAUGUCUUCAGCCUCCUGGGGAUCACAGAGUGCUGCCUGCUGGCAGCCAUGGCCUAUGAUCGCUAUGUGGCCAUAUGCCAGCCCCUGCGCUACCAGGCCAUGAUGAGCUGGGGUAAGUGCUUCCUGCUGGCAGUUGUGUCUCAGUUCAUUGGCUUCUUAGUGAUUUUAGGGCAGACAACUUCCAUCUUUACCCUUCCAUAUUGUGGGCCAAAUAAGAUCAAUCAUUUCUUCUGUGAUCUGCCUCCGCUACUGAAGCUGGCCUGUGCAGCCACCUCCAAGAAUGAAAUCACCACCUACAUCAUAGCUGUUCUCUUCAUCAUGGUCCCCUUCUUACUCAUAGUUAUGUCAUAUGUUCAGAUACUCUACACCACCUUCAAGAUGCCAUCAGCUGGGGACAAGAGAAAAGCAUUCUCCACCUGCUCAUCUUAUCUGGUUGUGGUCACUCUGUUCUAUGGGUCUGGCAUUGUGACCCACCUGAGACCCAAAUCUUCUUAUUCAAGUAGCAGCACCAAACUGCUUUCUCUCUUUUACACACUGCUGUCUCCAAUGAUGAACCCCUUGAUUUACAGCCUGAGGAACAAUGAGGUGAAGCAAGCCUUGAAAAGACUGAUAACCAAAACCAGAAAUGUGUCAUCUUAG